AUGGAUCUGACGCUGCUAGCUGACAUUACUUGCAAGGCUCGGCUGAGACAGAUCGGCUUAACAGCACGUGAGUUGCGGGUGCGAUCCACUCGUCUUGAUGAUGUUGGUGGGCCGUCAAAGCCCGCUUCUCGAAUCUUCGUUGUCCAGCCUUCUCAUCGUCCCUCUCGCUCCACUCGCCGUCGUCGUUCUCCGAUCGAGCAAAGACGUUGGCGUGCUGCAGGAAGUGCCACGGCUUUGCUUUCGGCAACCAAACAAUUGUGUGGUGAUGUGCACACUGCAACUUCAAUCACAGGCAGUGGCAGCAUCGUCUCCGUCCCCAACCAAGCGUUUCCUGGCCAUGUGCUCUUCCUGGAGUACGCCUUGGUCAAUCAAGAGUUCAACAUCACGCUGUGCUGUGUCCACUUCCUACAGCACGCCGUACAAGGAGGGGCCAAACGCACCUGGGUCAGCUGCCGGCGCUGUGAGUUUACCAUAUAUGGGAGCUUGGGGACGUGGUGCACGUCCCUGCUGCUGGAUAUGAGCAAGCACGAGUCGUGUAUAUGGGAGCUGUUUCGAUGCCCAUGCGCAGGUUUCAUGUGGUCCGGCGGGAGCGAUGGGCGUGCCUCCUUGUCCUCCCCUCGUCUCGUCGCGUCCGGAGGAGGGCGACGACCGGAAUUAAGCGUCCAACCCCUUCUUUCUUCCAUUAUUCGUCGAACUACUUCUCGCCGUGUAAUCAUUUCGAAUUUAGACGUGAUGGCAGCGUUCAAAGUGCCGCGUACCGCGACUGAGGCUCUCCAGUCGCAGACACCACGCGCACGGCGCAUCCGCUUGCAGCGCUGCCCAUUGCAGCCCGUCUUGCGCUUUGCGUUGUGUCCUCGGUCGCCCUAUUUAUAUACACACACGCAAAUAUAAUUUUGUGCAAAUCGAAGUCAGUGCUCCGUAAUUCUAUCACAUCGUCCCAUGAAUUCAA